AUGGCGUCGUCGUUCCUGGUAGCUGUGGUGGUCAUCCUCGCGUUCAUCUACUCCCUCCAACUAAUAAUCACCCACGCCCGCAGGCGUCGUCGUCUCCCUCCAGGCCCCUGGCCACUCCCGGUCAUCGGCAGCUUCUACGCCGUCGCCUGGAGCAGGGCUCACCGCUCGCUCGCCCGCCUCGCCGAGCGCUACGGCGACGGCGGCAUCAUAACCAUCUGGGUGGGCCGGUUCCCCACCGUGGUGGUCUCCACGCCGGACGCCGCGCGCGAGGUGCUCCUGCGGCGCGACGCCGACCCGGCGGGCCGCACCGUCCUCGACACCUGGCGCACGGGAGGCCACGCCGCCAGUUCGGUCAUCUUCCUCCCGCCCCGCGGCAAGUGGCGCGCGCUGCGGAGGUUCGCCACGGCGGAGCUGUUCAGCCCCCGCCGGCUCGAAGCGCGACGGCCGCUGCGGCAGGAGAAGGCGCGGGAGCUGGUGCGCCACGUCUCCGAGCGCGCGGGGCGCGGCGAGCCGGUCGACGUCGGGGACGCCACGUUCGACGCGGCCAUGGACAUGCUGUCGCGCACCCUCUUCUCCGUCGACCUCGACACCAAGGAGCUGAGGUGCGUGAUGAAGGAAGCCUCGCUCCUGACCGCUGGGCCGACUGUCUCCGACCUCUUCCCGGCUGUGGCGGCUGAUCUCCAGGGCGCACGGCGAAGGAUGGGGGUAUUGCUCAGGAGUGUCCACGGGAUGAUCGACGAGCAGUUCAUGCGGCGCAGGCACUGCCGGGAGGCCGACAUGGAGCAUGAAUGGGAGGAAGAAGAGGGCAGUCACAUGAACUACGACACCGUCAAAACCUUAUUCACGGAUUUCUUCUUUGCAGCGACCGAGACAAGUUCGAGUGCAAUUGAGUGGGCAAUGGCGGAGUUGCUGCGAUGCCCGGAAGCAAUGGAGAAGGUAAGGGAGGAGCUCAGGACUGUUCUUGGCACUAGAACAGAAAUGGAAGAGUCUGACAUCGCGCAACUUCCAUAUCUGCAAGCCGUGGUAAAAGAAACACUCCGACUCCACCCGCCCAUCUCCCUAUCAUUCUAUCGAGCCAUGGCCGCCGUGCAAGUGGGAGGCUACACCAUUCCUAAAGGAACCAACGUGAUACUCAACAUUUGGGCGAUUCAUCGAAAAGCCGACACGUGGGCUGAGCCGGAUAAGUUUAUGCCCGAGAGGUUCAUUGGCAGCGACACUAGUUUUUGGGGUAAACACAUGGAGCUGAUCCCGUUCGGUGCUGGACGCCGCAUAUGCCUCGGGUUGCCACUAGCACAUAGGAUGGUGCAUUUGAUGCUUGGUUCUCUACUGCACCACUUUGAUUGGACGCUCCCUACAGAGGUCAAGGAAAAUGGUGUUGAUACGACUGAAAAGUUUGGGCUAGUGGUAUCCAUGGCAACUCCUCUAAAAGCCAUAGCAAAUAAGAGAUGUGACGGGUAG